AUGGCGCGGCGACACACAUCAACAGCUAACACCAGGUACAACGCGCAGCCAACGCCACGAGAAAGCCAACGGGAGUUGCCUGGUGACAUGGGCAUCUUCGUGUGCCUCAUGCCCCAACGCCGAGAUCCGCGCACACCACCUGCCCGCCACGCAAGCACUGAAAGCCAACCUCCACCGCUGCGAGAUCUCCUUCAACGACGAGUCUUUCCCGCGCUAAUUGCCAACGCCACACAACAGGCCCGACCGAUUUGCGCCUUGGCCCACCGUCUCACUGAACAACAGCCACAGGAGAGCACGGAAACGAGCACCGACGACAGUAACCAGGCAACUAGCAUCACUAAUUGCCUAUUGGUGGCCAUCUUGAUAGUCACGAGCGGCUACUACGCGUGGUCUUUUUUGAAAGAUUUCGUUUCUAUCGUUUGCAUCACUUUUGUCCUCUUCGCAUUAUUUUCGCCUGCGUAA